AUGACUGGCACCCUGCCAGUGCCCACCCUGGGGGCCAGACUGCCCUAUGUGGCCGGUGGCACCGGGGCUCUGCGUUCUGUGGAAGCUGCCGAGCUCAGCCCCACCCCGAGAGCCAGCUGUGAAGGUGGAGGCAGUAGCCACGCUGGGGAGGAGGACCCCAGGGAUGACAGGCUCAAGUGCCAAGGAGGGGAGAGUUUAUACCACGGCCUGAUCAAGGUGGGAGGCAAAGAAGCAAAGGGGCAGAAAGAUGAAAUCCAUCAGGGGCAGGAGCACCUCAGCCCUGAGAGGAGGGCUCCUGGUGCCAUAUGUUUCUGGGCAGACCCCAAGAGUCCUGUGCCCCUUUGGCUGUCCUACCUGCUGUCCUACCUGAUUAGUGUCUCUGCCUUGUGUGUUGCAGUGUUCUUGGGGGCCAGGAAUGCCCACUCGCUCCUGAAACGCUUUCCCAGAGCCAAUGGCUUCCUGGAAGAGAUCCGGCAGGGCACCAUCGAGCGGGAGUGCAUCGAGGAGGUCUGCAGCUACGAGGAGGUCAAGGAGGUGUUUGAGAACAAGGAGAAGACGAUGGAGUUUUGGAAAGGCUACACCAGCUCUGUGUACUCUGUCAAGGACCCUGGGCACAGCACGGAGCGCUCUGACGCUAUGUACGUGGUGGUGCCCCUCUUGGGAGUGGCUCUUCUCAUAGUCAUCGCCCUCUUCAUCAUCUGGAGGUGCCAGCUGCAAAAGGCCACCCGCCACCGCCCUUCCUAUGCCCAGAACCGUUACCUGGCCAGCCGGACGGGCCGCAGCCUCCCCAGGGUCAUGGUGUACCGGGAGCGGUCGCAGAGCCAAGGGGAGACCCAGUACCAGCGGGAAGCCAGCAACAGGGGCGCUGGGGAUGGCAGAGCCGGGGGCACCCCCCAGCCAGACAGCACCCUCUGUCCACCAGAGCAUUCUGUCUCCAUCCUUUCCAGACUGUCCAGUGCCACCCCUCCACCUUCCUAUGAGGAGGUGACGGGCCAUCCGGAGAGCAGCAGUGGCGAGGAGACCAGCGUCUCCUACAAUGAGCCUCCGCCCAAGUACGAAGAGAUCGUGGCCACGGCCCCUGCCGCGGGCAAAUAG